AUGCUCUUCGUUUUACUCCUCUCCCUUGGCCUCCAAUUUCCGCCGCUUCCCCGUCAACCCAACCGUCUCCCGAAGCGGGAACCAGUAAUUUCAUUGUGUUUUUGUUUUCUUGUCUUUCUUUUUCACUCUCUUUUUUCCAGUUAUCCUAUUAAUGCAGUAAUUCUCUUUGCCAUCUUCAUGCUUCUCAACUUUCUUUCUUUCUUUCUUUCAUUCUUUCUUUCUUCGAACCCUUAUUUGGAUUUUGUUUGUUUUUUUCUUUCUUUAUUUCUUUCCCCUCAAUUCUCAUUUACAGUUUCUUUCUUUCUUUCUUUCUUUCUUUCUUUUUUCUUCAUAUAUCAAUCUUUUUCUCUUCUUUCUUGUUUCUAUCUUUUUCAAUUAUAUAUUUCGUUCGUUCUUUCUUUCUUUCUUUCUUUCUUUCUUUCUUUCUUUCUCCUGAAUCAUUAUUUGUAUUCUUUCUUUCUUUCUUUCUUUCAUUCUUUCUUUCUUUCUUUCUUUCUUUUGAAUUAUUAUUUGCAUUUUCUUUCUUUCUUUCUUUCUUCAUAUAUCAAUCUUUUUCUCUUCUUUCUUGUUUCUAUCUUUUUCAAUUAUAUAUUUCGUUCUUUCUUUCUUUCUUUCUUUCUUUCUUUCUUUCUUUCUUUUUCUUUCUCCAAUGGCUUUUCUGUAUUUUCUUCUUUUCUUUAUUCCUUCUUCUCUCCUUUUUGCCCUUCUUCACUUUCCUUCCCUUGA